UCGGUUUUUGUUGCUGCCGCCGCGGCGGCCGCCGCCGAGUGUCAGUUCUAGGCUCGCCGCCCGCGGUCCGGUGCAGGCGCGCUACCCCUCGCGCCCCCGCCGUCCCGCCGCCCCCGCCCGCCGCCCGGCUCGCAGAUGGCGCACUCGGCGUCCGCGGGGCCGCCGGGCGCGCUGGAGCAGGGCUGCCCCAUCCGCGUGGAGCACGACCGCCGGCGCCGCCAGUUCAGCGUCCGGCUCAACGGGUGCCAUGACCGGGCUGUCCUGCUCUAUGAGUACGUGGGCAAGCGCACCGUGGACCUGCAGCACACUGAGGUCCCCGACGCCUACCGUGGCCGCGGCAUUGCCAAGCACCUUGCCAAGGCUGCAUUGGACUUUGUGGUGGAGGAGGACCUGAAGGCCCAUCUCACGUGCUGGUACAUCCAGAAGUAUGUCAAAGAGAACCCCCUGCCACAGUACCUGGAGCACCUGCAGCCGUAGCCCCGCCACGGAGCUGAGCGCUGAGCCAGACCUUUGCUCCGGCCACCACCGGCCGGCCCAGCGAGCUCUCAGGAAACCUGGUCCCACCAGGGACGGACUCGGAGUUCUUUUGUCAGAACGCUGCUCUGCGGGUCCUGGAGGCGGUGGCCGGCGUGGGCAUGCCCCCGCCACUGUGGCCAGAGUGGGGCGCGCUCCGCAGAGACAUGGCAGAGCCCGGUAUGGCCCUAGUCCAGCCCCGCCUGCAGCGAGCCGUGUUCUGGGAGCGUGAGGCCUGACUCGGCCCUGCUCCCCACCGCCCCGCCAGGCCAGCCUCCUCCCUGCAGGUUGGGAGGCCAUUCCCCGAGCCCAGAGGAGCAAUACGAAACCUCGUGUGCCAACUUCACAGGGGCAGUGCGCCAGGCUGUGGCUGCCACCAGCGCUGCCCCGCCCCUUCCUCCAGCUCCCAUGCUCCGGAGCCAGGGUGCUGCCCAGAGCCCGCAGCGCACACCCCCAUGCACACCCGAGGGAGGCGCACCCCUCUGUCCAGCCUACAGGAGCCCAGGGCUCCAGUUUGCCCCCAUCAGCCAGGAGCCAGGUCCAGGGGCAGCCUGUCACUGAUGUCAGCCCUGCAGCUUGAAGACCCUCGGGACAGGGCUGGGGGCUGGCUCCCCUUGGAAAGUGCCCUUGCCGCGCUGCGGCAGGGACCCUGAGCAGCUACAGAGCAUCUUUCUCUUUCGGGGUGAACCUGGGGCAGGGCUCUCGUCACCUGUCUGGGCUUCAGGCACCCCCACCCCUGCCAUCCCAGCCUUCCUGGUGGGGCCUAGGAAGUGUGCUAGGCACCCCUUAAUCAGUGCGCUGACCUUCCUGGGGUCCCUGCCUGAGUACUGGGGACCAGGGUCCCGUCAGAGCUGAGUGGGCUGCCCCCUGCUGGCCUGGAGCUGCAGCUGCCUCUGGACUGGGGGCUGGGGUGCUGGUUGCCCAGGCGGCUCCUGUCACUUUUCCGUUCACCUCUUUGUUCUUUCAACACUGACCCCACACCCUGCAGCAGGUCAUGGGCCCCACUCCCGGACAUUGUGCACACACUUUCCUGCCUCGGGCAGGGACACUGAGAGCCACACAGACUAGGGCCUGGCAGGCUGCCCGCUGGGAGUGCCCCAGCCCAGUUACCGGCAGCAUCACCCACCCCCUUCCUGGUCCCAGCCCCUCUCGGCCUUCUCUGGCCCCUGGGGAGCCGGGCGCCCCCCUCCCUCCCAUGGUGCUCCUCCCACGGUGCUUCCUCCACUCUGGGCAAAGGGCUAUUGCGAGAUGCCAUAGGAACCCCUGGGCCCUCCCUGUUGAGGGAACCCUGGAACAGGAGGAAAGUGCUGGAAGGAGGUGAGUUCUGCUGCCGAGGCCCUUCGCAGGCUGGGGCUGCCCCAUUCCCGGUGCUGCUUAAGAAAAGAAUGAGUCAUAGACCCCAGGCCCGGGCCCCGCUCCCGGCCAGCCCCCACCCCCAGCCCCCACCCCCAGCCCCCCAGUCCCCAUUCCCAUCCCAGUCUGUCAGCUGUCCAUGCUGGCCCCAGGCAGAGUGGGGCCCCAGUCCUGAGACCUCCCUGCUGCUCAGCUCCUGAGGUGUCCCUAUGGGGCAGAUGACCCAGUGCCAGGAGGCCACUGUGCAUGGGACGGUGCCCUCAGCAGUGACAGGCCUCCAGGCUGGCCCCCAAGCAAGCGGGGGUGGCAGCCCUCCUACUUCUCACCCCUGAACCUCUGGCCCUCCAAGCUGUGAGGGGGCCUGCUCAGCCCAGCACGCAAACACAGAGACUUGAACUCGAGGCACAGGGAGCUUGGGCAUCCUGUGUGGCCCUAGGCCCUAGGCCAACUCAUCCCCAGUUCCCGGGGGUGGCCCCCAGGCUCCCUGAGGCUGCCUUAAGAUGCCUCCGCCCACUUCACUGCAGACGGCUGUUCGUGCCCCACAGCCUCGGUGCUACCCCGCCUGGGGUCCCCCUCACCCGCAUACUCACCCUACCGCCGCUCCCCCAGAGGGCCCGGACCCUCUUCCUUGCCCAUCAGGCUCAGUGGCAGCUCAUGUGCCUUUCCUACUCAGGACCUGUCAACGUGGGCGCUGGGCCAUGGCGGUCAUGCUGUUCCCCCACUGGGCUGCUGUGGGGAGCCCCCUCCCCCCACUGUCCUCCCCACAUCAAUCCAUGUCGACAGGAGACUGAGGCAAGGGUGUGUGGAGGAAGUGGGCGUGGCAGCCGUCAGGCAGCCGUGAGUGGUCCUGGCCAUCCUGCCCAACCAUGUCAUCUCAGCGCCACGGCACCCUCCACCUGUGAGGCUUCUGGGUGGUGUCAGAGAGGAAGGGGUGGCAGCUUGCUGGGCCUGGCGGGAGAGUGAGGGCGGGGGAGGCCCUGAAGCCCCACAGGGAGGAGCAUGGCAGGGCUGUGGAAUCCCAGUUCUUGGUCCCAGUUUUUCAGGUGCAGAGGAUGGGAUGUCACAGCUGCAGCCCCCACCACAGGAAGGCCAGCGGGAAGGGUCCACGCAGUUUCCCACCCUCUUUGCAGCGAUGCUGUAUCUGCACUCGAGCACACACCUGGGAUGUUGGGAGGUCCCAGGUCCUGGGCUGCCUUCCUGGAAGGCAGGGUAGCUGGUCAAGUGGGCAGUGCCACGCACACGGAGGUGCUGACCAGAGACCAGAAUGCCUGACCUCGGCGCACAUGCAGUUUCCUUUCUCGGCUCAGGCCUCUUGGCCGGACUCUAGUCCAUGCUCACGUCCCCUUUGCUAUUCUCAGGGUCCCACUCCUUCCAAACCCCAUUUCCUAAAUUCCACACGGGAGGUCCGGUGAGUCUGUGAAUCCAGUUAGUCACUCUGUGACCUGCGGGGUCCCAUGAAGCCCCCUUCAGCAUGGUGGUAUCUCAGCCGCAGGGUAUUAAAGAGACUGGCUGCCGAGA